AUGGCAAGACAAAAAGUUAAACGCCUGCGAAGAAAUCGAUACAGAUCAGCUCAAAUUCUUGGUGGUGGCGGCUACGACAGUGAUAAAGAGAAUGAGAGCCCAACGCCACCAACAAAUGAUGCAGCAAAACCGGAAAUAGUAUUUCUCGGUCAUAGUAUCAAAGACGGUAACAUAAUGCCCAAUCCGGCCAGUAUCCGAGGCUUACUGCACACAAAAUCAUCAGCAGCAACUAAGGAAACAUUUCGUUCCGUUAAAGCCGCCGAAUAUUACCGUAAAUUUAUAUCUCAUUUUUUCCAAAUUGCUGGACCACCAUACAAGUAUGCACCUACAACAGCUCAACAAUGUGACAAACGAUCCCAGUCAUCGAAAAUCGUACUCUCUUUGGAGGUCCUUCUUACUAGGUAA